GUUUCUAUCAAGAUUAAUUCAUUUAGAAAAUUUACCAACAAGUAGUUAUUUCUUAACACUAAAUACCUUGAUACCUAUGUAUUUUAACAAAACAUGGCAGAAUUUUAUAUUUGAUAUACUUAUUAUUCUUGUGCAUUGUAGUAAAAGAUUAUUCCAACAUCAUCAAUGAAGAUUGCGGGGUGGAGCACAAACUAGAUGUCAACACAUCAGAGUUGACAGUUUUAUCUAGCAAUUUACUAGAAAAACAAACUCCAAAAGGCAUGGAAAUAUCAAUAGGACCAGAUAACCUUACCAAAACGGACUUCAUUAAAGAGGGGUGGCGGAGACAAGGAGAAAAUCAACCUCACAGGGGUGCUAAAAGUGAUGAACGUUUUAAAAUUUUUACUUCAGGGGAAUUUACACUGUCUCCAGAACUUCCAGAGGGACAAGAAAACUGGUUCUCAAUAGACAUGGAACAAUUUGAGGCAAUGCCAAUUAAAGUUAAGCUAAAGAAGGACAUUAUCAAUGUUUUCCACAGACAAAGUACAACAGAACCUGCACUCUCAUCUUCAUAAAAAUAGGAUGCAUAUCUAUAUUACCAGUAGCAUUUGAGUUUCCCAUGUUUCGCCUGGCGUCCCUUCCCACCAUCAGUUUUAGGGAUUGUGUGUCUAACAAUUCAGUCAUCAUGACAAAUUUUCAUUAAAUUCAAACAAAUUGACAGUGUUUUGUUAGUGAAAACAAAAAGGUGUUCAUUCAAAAGUUUUGAAAAAUUACAUGACUACUAAUACAUUUUAUGAAUAAAAAUAUUAUCGCUAUUGGAAAAGUCUGACAUAAGAAUGACUGCGAUGUUUGAAAAUUUAAAGGGAAAUCGAAGCAUUCUACUUUCACUGGACAUACAUGAAAACACCAUCUAGAGAGUCUGAAAUAACUGUUUCCUGAAUACCUCUUCAUUUAUAUACUGGUAUGCAUGCAUCAACUUAAGUAUAUGAAAAGAAAAAUGAAACAUGGAAAAUAUGGGGAAAAUGAUACUACACAUUGAAUAAAGAAAUUCAAAU